AUGGGCGACAAUAAUAACAUCUACAACUACAACAAUAAUCAAAAUAACAAUAACAGUAAUAAUAAUAAUAAUAAUAAUAAUAAUAAUAAUAAUAAUAAUAAUAAUAAUAAUAAUAAUAAUAAUAAUGAAUCAUUUGAUUUACAUAAAAUAGAGUUUUUAAAUUUUUAUAAAGUUGUAUUUGAUACAAAAGAAGCAUUAUAUAAUUAUAUAAAUCAAUUUCAAAAUUUGUUUUUAUCGAAAUUAGGAUACCAUAGCAUUAUUAAAAAUAAUUUUAAUGACGAUCAUCCAUUAUAUCAACAUUCAGAUUCAAUUAUUAAAGAGUCAAUCAAAAGCUUUCAAGACAGAAAGAAUAGUUUAGAAAAAAAUUUUAAUUUAAUUUUAAACUAUUAUGAAAAGUCUCUAUAUUUAAAAUUAAAAUUGGAUAACUUUGAUCAGUUCUUCAUUAAAGAGAUUUUACAUGUAUCAAAUAGCAAUGCUAAGAGCAAACAUAUCGAAGAGUAUUUAGAAUUGAAAGAAUUAAUUCAGAGUGAAGUUAAACAGUUUUUUCAAGAUAGGGCCACUUAUUUCGAUUUACCAAUUAUAAACAUUCAAAUUGUAUUUAACAUUUUAUAUGACGACGUUGGCAAGGGUAUUGGAAAAAGUUCAAGUUUCUUAAAUCAUAAUAAUAAUAUUAGUUUUAAAAAUAAUUUUAAUAAAUCUCAAACACCACAUAAUAGUAUUAGUAAUAAUAAUAAUAAUAAUAAUAAUAAUAAUAAUAAUAAUAAUAAUAAUAAUAGUUCUCAACAUGAAUUUGAUGAUCAAUUAUAUUUAAAUAAUAUUGUACCUCAAUAUUUAAAUAGUUUUAAACUCUACCAAGAAUAUAAAUUAAAGUUUAGUAGUAAUAUAAACGAUAUAAAUAAUCAGCAAAAUUAUAAUAGUUUAGAAGCUCAGUUCAAAAACUAUGAAAAUAAUAUUCAAACUCAAGUAUCCAGAUAUGAACAGUAUCAAAGAAAUAAAAUUGAUAAUUUAAAAUUAUUGAACCAAAAUUUCAAACAAAGCUCCCCAGAUGUUGUAGUAAGUGGUAGUGGUGAUUAUGGAUAUCGUGGUCUUAGACACACAAGCAGCUCACUUAGUAUCGGAAGUAGCAGCAGCGGCGCAGCAAGUACAGUUGGUUUUUCACAGUUUAAUAGAUCUGCAGAGAAUGUAAAUUCAAUCGAUAGGAAGUUAAAACUGUUAAAUGUACCAGCUUUAGAGAAUUUGGUGUAUGAUUUAGAGUUUCACAAAUUUUUAUGGAAUAAAAGGUUCAAAUUGGUAAAGAAAUUCAAUUGUUCAGUAAUUUUCGAAUACGAAUUAAAGAUUAUUUACAGACAGAAUUCAACAGCAAAUAACAUUAUGGUUUGGAAUGCAAUUCCACAAACUUUUCAAAACCAAAAUGUUAGAAAGUCAUCAAUGGUUCUUUUGAAUGGUAAGGACGGUUCUGUGAUUAUGGAGCCCCAGAUUAUCGAAACUGCUGCAGAUUCAUUACAUCAAAAGAUAUGGUACUUUAACUAUAACCAACCUAGUGUCCCAACCGCACGAACCCAUUUCACAUUCAGAGAAGCAGUAGAAAUCGAUAUUUAUAAAGUUGACCUUGUUGAAGUAACUGACCCAAACGAAAUUGUAUUAGUCGAGCCUAUUAGCGAUCGUGAUAUCGACCUCUAUCUACGUCCAACCGAUAUUCUAGAUUUCGAAAAUAACAUCGAGUUUGAAGAAAUGGUUCAAAAAAAUGGUUUCUUUCCACAAUUAUUUGAAGAUGGUAGUACUGAAAGUAUACUCUCAUUUGCUUAUAGAAUUUAUUUAUACAUGAUUUUAAAUUUCAAGAUCAAUACUUUACACGAUUUAAGUGGUAGGCCAGUAGAAACAUUUAAUGCUAAAUAUGGUGAUUCAAAUUGUCAUUGUUUUUUCUUUGCUUCAAUUAUGCGAUAUCAUAAAGUGCCAACAAGAAUUAACUUUUGUCACCUUUCAAAUAUAGUUAAUAAUAAUAUGAAUAAUAAUUAUAAUAAUAAUAAUAAUAAUAAUGGUUCAAAUAAUAGAUAUUCAACAUUUGAUGAUUUUAAAUCAUUACUUCUCUCACCUUUAGAAAAUAAUAGUAGUUGCAAUAAUAAUAAUGAAACAGAUAAUGGUCAAUGGUAUACUAAAUUAGAUAUUUUCAUUGCUGAAAUUGGUUGGGUACCUAUCGAUGUUACAAGAAAAGAAUUUAAUAAUAGUAAUGGUAACAAUUCAACAUACACUCAAUCAUUUGGUAAAGAUCAUGGUGAUAUGAUAACGCUUGGUUUAGAUUUUCAUAGUGAAAUACCUUUUUUAAAUCAUCCAAAUAAUCCAUUUAUAACAAUUCAACAAAUGAAAUAUCAAAAUGGUACAAGUGAAAGAGAAAAAGUAGAAUUAAUCAAAGCAACUACAAUAUAUUCACAUAAAACUCAAUUAAAAUUACUACCUUCACCAUGCAAACAAGAACAAUCUAAAUUUGAAAAAACUUUAUUAAAUGCUUUAUAUUAUCAUUAUAAUAAAACCAAUUAUAAACAGUUUGAUAAUUUUAAAGUUAUUAAAAGUUUAAAUAGUAGUCAAUCAGUAAAUAGUGACACAAAUAGCACUCAUUCUAUAACUAGUGAUUUUAAUAAUGAUAAUAAUAGCAAUUGUAAUAUUAAUAACAAAACAAAUAGUAGUAUUAACAAUAAUGUUAAUAAUAAUGUUAGCAAUAGUGUAAAUAAUAGUACUACUAAUUUGAAUGGCAAUGAUAACAGUAACAGUAACAGUAACAGUAGCAGUAACAAUAAUAGUAAUAGUAACAGUAAUAGCAACAAUAACAAUAACAAUAACAAUAACAAUAACAAUAACAAUAACAGUAAUAGUAGUAUUAAUAGUAAUAGUAAUAGUAAUAGUAAUAGUAAUAGUAAUAGUAAUAGUAAUAGUAAUAGUAAUAGUAAUAGUAAUAGUAAUAGUAAUAGUAAUAGUAAUAGUAAUAGUAAUAGUAAUAGUAAUAGUAAUAGUAAUAGUAAUAGUAAUAGUAACAGUAAUAGUAAUAUUAAUAAUCAAGGUUUAUUCUCAUGCCCAAUAUGUAAUAAAAAAUUUAUAGAGUCUGAAAUUAAUGCUCAUGUAAUAACUCAUCUAGAUGAAGUUAAUAGUGAUAACAACGUUGAAAUAGAAAAUGGUGAUAUUAACACAUCAAUAUCAACAGCAUCUACAGCCACAACACCCGCACCAGCACCAAUACCAAUUCCAAUACCAACUCCAAUACCAACACCACCUACAACAACAACGACAUCAACAACAAGCAAUAUAACAAAUAUUUUAGAUAUUAGAAAUUUAGUUAUUAAUAUUGAAGAAGGCGAUGAAGAUUACACAAUUCAAGGACGUAUGGUACAACCACCACUUCAAAUGCCAGCAAAAUCUACAUUAAAGAAAAAGAAAUUUUUAUCAAAAGUUGGGUUAUUUAAAGAUAAAAAAGAAAAAGAAACCAAAGAUAGUAAUAGUGAGUUUAAUGAUAUUAUAAACCUAAACUUUAAUAAUAACAAUAGUAAUAAUAAUAUCAGUAUGAAUAGUAACUAUAGUAAUAAUCCAAAUAGAAUACAAAAUAAUAUAGAAACUAUUGAUACAGGUAAUGAAUUAAUUUAUAGCCCAGAAACUUUUUCACCAGCCGAUAAUCAACCUCAAACCAACAAUAACAUACCAUCAAAACCUAGUAAAUCAAGUAAAUCACCAAAAAUUAAACACAAAUCAAAGAAAUCACAAAGUUUAUCACCAACCACAAAUAAAGAUGAACCAUCUUAUGAAUCUUAUCUAAAUGAUCAUCAAGCUCAUCAAAAUUUGUGGGAUAAAAAAAUAUUUAAAUUAAAAAUAGAAUCAAAUGGUAUUAUAAAAUAUAACUAUUGUAAGGAAAUUAGUUUGGUUAGAGGAAGUAUUGAAAAAUCAAUUUAUUAUUUAAAUAAACCAUGUAAUUUACCGAGUCAAAAAAUCAACUAUACAGCAUUUUCAGUUUAUAACGAUGAUGGUGAAAUGAUAUGCGAUUCAGAGAUAAUACCAACAGAUUUGAAUCCAAUCUAUAGAAUAACAUUAAAUAGACCACCAGCUAAAUAUCAGUUAAGACAAGAGAUCCAAGCAGAGCUUUUCAAGGUUUCAUUAGUCGAAGCAGAGCCAGAUGAGAUAGUACAUGUCGAACAAUUGACUACUGAGGAGCGUGAAUUUUAUUUAAGACAAGAGUACUAUUUAGAUAGUCAACAGCAAGAGUUUCAGCAAUUUAUACUUUUACAAAAACUUUAUCCACAACGUUUCUCUGAUGGCAAUAUCGAGUCUCUAUUAUGUUUUGGUUAUAGAGUUGCAUUAUAUCUAAAGCGAAUCGAAUACUCACCAGAUCAUUCAAAUCAAGAACCACUUGAGACUAUUAGAUUGGGUAAAGCUGACUCUUGUUCAUUUGCAAUUAUUUAUCAAAUGAUUUUAAGAUUCUCCGGUGUCCCUUGUCGUACUCUAAGCGGUAAAAACUCUGGUUUAUCCGGUCGUAUAGAAAUAGUCCACUACAAAAAUGAAUUUUAUCACCCAACUAUAGGAUGGAUACCUGUUUGUAACAGUAUUUAUGACCCUAGUGUUUACAAUAAGUAUUGUUUUGCUCAAGAUAUAGGUAAUCAUUUGUCUCUUUCAAUCAACAAAAUUAAAUCUGAUGAAUUAAAAAAAGAAUUUCAAUUAUUAAACCCAUUGCAUAUUCAUCAUUACUAUGAUAAACCAAUAUUUAAUCAAAAUGAUACUUUAAAAAUUAAUUAA